ACACUCGCAGGCGCGCGUGCGCACGCCCGCGCGCCUCCAGCCGCGGAGUCUCCAGCGCCCCUCAGCAGAUCCCCGCUCUCCCGGGCGCCGCUACUCACACAGGCUUCCAGCCGCCACGGGGUGUCCUCUGUCUGCUGCAGUGGCGGCGGUGGCGGAGGGAAAGGCGACUGCAGCCCGGCCGCGUCUCCCAGCUCCGUGCCCGGGACAGAGUCCGGGAGAAGCAAAGAAGGAGGAGGACGCCGAGGCUAGGAGGAGCCGCGCCGCGCCCGGCGCCCCACUCCGCGCGGCGGUUGCCUCCGCUCUCCAUACGGCGGCCCCAGGUCCUUUGCUGCCAGCAUGAUAUCAUAUUUAUAAUAUGUGGAGGAGAGAGAGCUCACCAUGCUCAGUUUGAGAAGUUGCAGUAUGUCUGUACACACACCCUGUAUUCUACAUUGAAGUUCACAAGAAGCCUCUGGUAUGUCAGAACCACGCUAUCUUCCAUGGGACUUCCUUUGUGAAGAGCAUCCAUUUAAAAGACUUUUAUGAAUACAUGGUUUCAAUCAAGUCCCCAAAGAACACAUUUAUCUUCUGAACUGCUGGCAGUUUUAAGAAUCUGAUGACCUCCAAGGGGUCCCUGCACUCAGCCAUCAAAGUGCUCCUGCCCCGCUGGACGCUCACAAUUCAAUGGUAGAUGCAGGUGGAGGUGAGAACAUCACCCAGCUUCCCCAGGAGCUUCCUCAGAUGAUGGCUGCAGCAGCUGAUGGUUUGGGGAGUAUAGCAAUAGACACGACCCAGCUCAACAUGUCCGUGACAGAUCCCACAGCCUGGGCUACAGCCAUGAAUAACCUGGGCAUGGUUCCCGUGGGGUUGCCUGGACAGCAGCUCGUGUCUGACUCAAUCUGUGUCCCAGGCUUUGAUCCAAGCCUCAACAUGAUGACUGGAAUCACCCCCAUUAACCCAAUGAUCCCAGGCCUUGGACUGGUACCUCCCCCACCACCAACAGAAGUGGCUGUUGUCAAAGAAAUCAUCCACUGCAAAAGCUGUACUCUUUUUCCUCAAAAUCCAAAUCUUCCGCCUCCUUCCACAAGAGAACGACCUCCUGGGUGUAAGACUGUGUUUGUCGGAGGAUUACCGGAAAAUGCUACUGAGGAAAUUAUUCAAGAAGUCUUUGAGCAGUGCGGUGAUAUUACAGCAAUUCGGAAAAGCAAGAAGAAUUUUUGUCACAUUCGCUUUGCAGAGGAAUUCAUGGUUGAUAAAGCCAUUUACCUUUCUGGUUACAGGAUGCGAUUAGGGUCUAGCACCGACAAAAAGGAUUCAGGCCGCCUUCAUGUGGACUUUGCCCAGGCCAGGGAUGACUUCUAUGAGUGGGAAUGCAAGCAGAGGAUGCGUGCCCGGGAGGAGCGGCACCGGCGCAAGCUGGAGGAGGACCGGCUCCGGCCCCCAUCCCCGCCCGCCAUAAUGCACUACUCAGAGCACGAAGCCGCUCUGCUAGCUGAAAAGCUGAAAGAUGAUAGCAAGUUUUCAGAGGCGAUCACAGUGCUGCUUUCCUGGAUUGAACGAGGGGAAGUGAAUCGGCGCUCUGCAAACCAGUUCUAUUCCAUGGUGCAGUCGGCCAACAGCCACGUCCGCCGGCUAAUGAAUGAAAAAGCCACACAUGAGCAGGAGAUGGAGGAAGCCAAGGAGAAUUUCAAAAAUGCCUUAACUGGGAUUCUCACUCAAUUUGAGCAGAUUGUGGCCGUUUUCAACGCUUCUACCAGACAAAAAGCUUGGGACCAUUUCUCGAAAGCCCAGCGCAAGAACAUAGACAUUUGGCGAAAGCAUUCUGAGGAGCUCCGGAAUGCCCAAAGUGAGCAGCUCAUGGGCAUCCGCCGCGAAGAAGAAAUGGAAAUGUCUGACGAUGAGAAUUGUGACAGCCCUACCAAAAAAAUGAGAGUCGAUGAAUCAGCUCUGGCUGCUCAGGCCUACGCUCUGAAAGAGGAGAAUGACAGUCUCCGCUGGCAGCUGGAUGCCUACAGGAAUGAGGUGGAGCUGCUGAAACAAGAAAAAGAACAGCUUUUCCGAACAGAAGAGAACCUCACCAAGGACCAGCAAUUGCAGUUCCUGCAGCAAACCAUGCAAGGCAUGCAGCAGCAAUUGCUAACUAUCCAGGAGGAGUUAAACAACAAAAAGUCAGAACUGGAACAAGCGAAGGAAGAGCAGUCCCAUACGCAAGCAUUAUUAAAAGUCCUGCAGGAACAAUUAAAAGGUACCAAGGAAUUGGUCGAGACCAAUGGCCACAGCCAUGAGGAUUCAAAUGAAAUCAAUGUGUUGACAGUUGCAUUAGUCAACCAAGACCGAGAGAAUAAUAUUGAGAAAAGAAGCCAAGGCUUAAAAUCAGAGAAAGAAGCUCUGCUAAUAGGUAUCAUAUCAACCUUUCUUCACGUCCAUCCUUUUGGAGCCAACAUAGAAUAUCUUUGGUCAUACAUGCAGCAGCUGGACUCCAAGAUAUCUGCAAAUGAAAUAGAAAUGCUUUUGAUGAGGCUGCCACGCAUGUUCAAACAGGAAUUCACAGGUGUGGGAGCCACGCUGGAAAAAAGAUGGAAGUUGUGUGCCUUUGAAGGAAUUAAAACUACCUAACUGUGAAGACCUAAACAUCUCUGGAAGUGAAACCAUGUGAACCUGGCCAGGGCUGUGCGAUGGGGGAGCAGGAGGUGUGGGGUUGGUCCAGCACGCAACCUUUGUGGAGCCGUCGAAGCCUGCCUUUAGUUAUAUCUGUGGCGUUCUCUUGUGAGUGGAAAUGUAAUUGUGUACCAGUUCCUUAAAAUAAACAAAGCUUAAUACUGUGA